AUGUUACCUGCAGGAGUGGUAUUAUUAUUAUUAUUAUUACCAUCAUCAUCAUCAUCAUCAUCAUCAUCAUCAUCAUCAUCAUCAUCAUCAUCAUCAUCAUCAUCAUCAUCAUCAUCAUCAUCAUCAUCAUCAUCAUCAUCAUCAUCAUCAUCAUCAUCAUCAUCAUCAUCAUCAUCAUCAUCAUCAUCAUCAUCAUCAUCAUCAUCAUCAUCAUCAUCAUCAUCAUCAUCAUCAUCAUCAUCAUCAUCAUCAUCAUCAUCAUCAUCAUCAUCAUCAUCAUCAUCAUCAUCAUCAUCAUCAUCAUCAUCAUCAUCAUCAUCAUCAUCAUCAUCAUCAUCAUCAUCAUCAUCAUCAUCAUCAUCAUCAUCAUCAUCAUCAUCAUCAUCAUCAUCAUCAUCAUCAUCAUCAUCAUCAUCAUCAUCAUCAUCAUCAUCAUCAUCAUCAUCAUCAUCAUCAUCAUCAUCAUCAUCAUCAUCAUCAUCAUCAUCAUCAUCAUCAUCAUCAUCAUCAUCAUCAUCAUCAUCAUCAUCAUCAUCAUCAUCAUCAUCAUCAUCAUCAUCAUCAUCAUCAUCAUCAUCAUCAUCAUCAUCAUCAUCAUCAUCAUCAUCAUCAUCAUCAUCAUCAUCAUCAUCAUCAUCAUCAUCAUCAUCAUCGUCAUCAUCAUCAUACGUUGUUGCUUACAUUUCCAUAUCACAUAAUAAUGAACAAUAG